AUGGACGCCGUCGACUCCAUGGUGGACCCCCUCCGCGAGUACGCCAAGGACAGCGUCCGCCUCGUCAAGUGCUGCCACAAGCCCGACCGCAAGGAUCUGACGCUGAUUGGGCGCGCGGAGUUCACCAAGGUGGCGGCGCGGACGAUGAUCGGGUUCAUCAUCAUGGGGUUCGUCGGCUUCUUCGUCAAGCUCAUCUUCAUCCCCAUCAACAACAUCAUCAUCGGCUCCGGCUAG